AAGAUACCAUGGCUACAAAUGCAUCCAAUUAGUAGUGUGAGUGGUAUCUUUUUACUGGCAUGCCUGUCAUAACAUUCUUACAUAAAACACUAUUACUUAUUUAGGCAUCUCAUGAUUUAUUCAUGCAAUGGUCUGCAAUGGCGUCUUUAAUUAGUACAAAAGCAGAGAAUUUCAAAAGAAACAUUAUAGACGAUCAUUUGAAACAGUUAACUGAGCAAAAACCAGAAAGUCGAAAAUAUUUAGACGAUGAGAAAAAACGUUUUGAUAACGAAAGACAGCAGGCAUGUCGUUUUUCUACUAUAUUUUCUACUAUCUAAAGAAUGAUAACCUUGUGUAUAACGAAGACUAUUCUCGCUAUGUUGGUUCACUAUAGGUUCAAUUCGUCUAAUAUCGGUAAGACAAUAUAUUGAAACUAACACAUUUUUUAAAUUUGAACGAAGCAACAGUAGAUAAUAUUGAGUUUUUCAUCUACUGUACGAUACUACACUCAAUAAUUCAGCUUGAAAUAUCUGUUUCCGGAUGCAUAGACUACUUUAAAAGUCGAUAAAAAACCAGUGCUUUCGGUUGUUGUUUCUUUAGUUGCAUGUGUUAUUUCUUUGUAGUUAUCAUUAAUACGCACGCGUUUUUAUAGUUUGCUACACACUACUUUUGUCUAUUCACUCCGCCAUAUUCGUAAUCGCUUUUAGGCUCAUAAUGAUUUAUUUGAGGCUCAAUCUAAGUAUUCGGAACAAGCACAUGCAAUGACAACGGCAACUUUAAAGUUUCGAAGUAUUAUUACCAAUCCGAAACACAGUGACGAACCAAAACAACAAGCGAAACAAAAAUGUCACGAUGUAAAAAAAGAGUUGCAUCGAAUACACAAUGAAUACAUACUGAAAUUGAAAGAAGCAAAUUUUGCCGAUGAACAAUAUGUCAAGUCAUUGAAAAACUUUUUAGUAUAUCAUGAAGAUGCACAAAGGAUUUUGAAUAAUUCAUGGAAGAAAACGUUGGUAACAUUAGCUGAUUAUACAGAUAGUACGCGAGCAGAUUAUAAGGCGAUUAUCAGUGAAUCCCAUCGUAUUGCAGAUACUGUUGAACCCAAAUCAUGUUAUUUUGACUUUUGUAUAAAAAAUUCAAGUGCUAAACGUGUAAUUAAACCUGAAAACUUUAAUGAUACUUUAAUAAAAACAGCCGGUGUAGAUGAUCUUCAUGAAAAUAGAAUAGCUGCUGAUAUAUUGACAGUCGAAGAUUUAAACAACAGCUCUUAUGCGAUACAUAAAGACAUAUUUGUUCACGAACAAAAAAUAGGAAAUUUACAAACAAAAUCAGGCUGGCAACGUGAAGUACGAUUUUUAUUGGAAGAAGCUCUUAGAGAGAGUGGAUUUGUGGAUGCACAAACACCAGAUGAUUGUGUAACAUUUCCUCCGAUUGGGCUUACAAAUAAACUUGAAGAUCAACCCUAUUUUCAUGGCAUAAUCCCACGAGCAGACGCUAUUAACGAACUAAAAAAUAAAGGUGAUUUUCUUGUACGUAAUAACGAACAAAGUCAAUGUGUUCUAUCAAUCUUGUGGACUCGUUCAAAUGAUCCAACAGACUCACUGGAAGAUCGGCAUUUUGUCAUUAAUUUUAAUGAUAAUAGGUAUUCAUUUUCGAACGCCAAUGUAUCAAAACCGUCUGUGAAAGAGUUGAUCGAUUAUUAUUUGCACAGUAAAGAACAAUUAAAAACAGAUGGUACAAAAUUGCUUCGACCUGUCGAACGUCCUGGUUUCAUUAUCGAUAAUGAUGAAAUUUCUAGAAGGGAUACACUGGGCACGGGCAACUUUGGUGAGGUAAUGAAAGCCGAAUACCGGAAUAGAAAUGUUGCAGUUAAAAUUUUACAUGCACCAUCUGUGCAAUUUAAAAGCAGAAAACAAAUACAAGAAGAAAGGAGUAAAUUCAUUAGAGAAGCAUUAAUGUUAUCAAAAUAUGAUCAUAAAAAUAUUGUCAAAUUUAUCGGGAUAGCCGCAAUGAAAGAUCCCAUUAUGAUUGUUAUGGAACUUGUUGAAAUUGAAGUUUGUGUUUGUAGUGAUUUGGCUGCUCGCAACUGCCUAGUAGAUAAAGGAGAGAAUGUCAAAGUUGCCGAUUUUGGACUGUCAAGAUGUUUAGAAAAUAAUGAAGAAUACUUUCCACCAUUAAAAGAGAUGCCAGUAAGAUGGUGGGCACCUGAAUUAUUUUCGCAUGGUAAGAUAUAUUCUGGUAGAUUAUUUAACGAGUCAUAUUUAUCGAAAGUGAUGCAUUUUUCUCCCAAUGUGGUAAUCUGUCGGAAAAAAAACACAGCAUAAUGAAGAAGAAUAAUCCGCCUUGUGGCUAGUGUCGCCGACAUAGAAUGUUGACAUAGUCCGUUUUAUAAGCCCUGUAUAUCUUCUCUAACAAACUAGUCAUACGGUUACCUAUGCCGUUAUCGACUGGAGCUCUGCUCAGAGGUCUAACCUGAUAUAGAACUCUCCAGAAAGCCACAG